UCAAUUUAUCGUAAACAAUUUACCGCGCGACAAUUGACCGUAAACAAUUGAUCGCAAACCAAUUGAUUGCAAUUGCAAUUUACCGCACGAUAAUUGAUCGCAAACUAUAUAGGUUAUUUCAGAGUUAUUUUAAGGCCAAUAUUAUUUUUUCGUAACUUUAUUCGAUCGUUAACGAUCAAGUCUUAUCUAACAUUAUAUUCGUACCCUAUUUUAUCAGUCCGUAUUUUUCCUUAAGUCGUAUAGAAUAUAGAUCACCAUGAAACACUAUGAAAAUAUAUCAGUACUGACACAAUCGUCAAUCGGUAUAUACUAAUAACUUCGUCUAGCUGAAGUACUGUACAUAGAAUAUGGCUUUAGAGUACGUAUUAAGCGAAAAAAAUAAGUAUAUGCUUAUUUAUCAAGGUUUUUUACACGUAAAAGAACGAGAACAUGACAAUAAAACAUACUGGAAAUGUUCUGAAUACAAAAAAAUUCAUUGUAAAGGUCGUUUACACGUAGUAGACGACAAAAUAACUAAAUGUAUUGAACAUAACAAUCACGUUCCAAAUGCAGCAAAAAUCGAAGCGAAAAAAGUUAUUUCAACUUUAAAGAAAAAUGCAUCACAAACAACUCUCAGCACACAUUCAGUUUUAGGAAAUGCAGUUAUGCAGGUGACAAGUGCAGUUUCCGCAGAAAUGUCAAGUGUUAAUACAUUGAAAAGGACAAUUCAACGUGUACGCCAAAAGGAGGAAGCUGCACCAGCUAAUCCAAGUAAUUUUGAAUUUAUUAUACCAGAUAAAUAUAAAUAUAACUCCAAUGGUGAAUUAUUUUUAAAAUUCGAUAGCGGUCCUACUGAAUCACGUAUUUUAAUAUUUACAACUCAACAAAAUUUAGAUUUUAUGAGUGAAUGUAAUAAUUGGUUUUGUGACGGUACAUUUUCAGUGGCACCUCCCAUUUUUGCUCAGUUAUAUACUAUACACGGGGUAUGUUAUUCCAACGUUAUUCCUAGUGUUUAUGUAUUACUGCCAGAUAAAAAAGAAAAAACUUACCGUCACAUGUUUGAAAUUUUAAAAUCACUGAAGUCAAAUUUAAAUCCAAAAAGUAUUAUGAUAGAUUAUGAAAGAGCAGCUUUAAAUGCAAUCGAAACGGAGUUUUGUAAUACCGAGGUAAAAGGUUGUUUCUUUCAUAUGUCGCAA